AUGCUAUUUAAUUAUCAAAUUUCAUAUCUAUCUAUCUCAGUCUUCUCAUCUAUCUAUCUAUUCAUUCUAUUCAUUCAUCUAUAUCUCAGUCUGCUCAUAAAAAUAUCUAUCAUUCAUCUAUCUAUCUAUCUAUCUCAGUCUACUCAUAUCUAUCUAUCUAUCUAUCUCAAUCUGUUCAUCUCUCUCUCUCUCUUUCACUUUCUCGCUCUCUCUCUCUCUCUCUCUCUCUCUCGCUCUGUCUAUUUUUUAGUCUUUUUCUUCAUUUUUUUUCUUUCAAUAUUAUUCUUUGCUUAUUUCUCGUUCUUCCUUUAUUUUCUUCUUCUUCUCAUUCCUAUUACUUCUUUAGCUUCUUCGCUCUUUUAUAUCUUGUCAUUUUUCUUUUCAUCGCCAUAUUUCGUUUCUUUCUCCCUUUUUUGGUCUUCUAUUCAUUCAUUUUCAAGUUAUCUGAGUCGCUCAUUUUCUUCUUCUUCUUCUUCUUCUUUUUCUUCUUCAUCUUCUUCUUGCUUUCGUUCAUUUGUGAUUUUCUAUUUAUCUCUCCUCUUCAUCUUUUUUCUUCUUCUCCUUCUCCUUCUUUCCCUUCUCCUCUUCUUUUCCUCCUCCUCUCUUUUCUCUUUCUCCUCUUUCUCCUUCCCCUUCUUUUCUUCACGAGCAGGCAUAUAA